AAAGCCCGGCGGCUCCUCGCCAUGGCCCAGUUCUCCUGGGUGCUGGGGAAGGUGCUGAUGGACGACAUCACCGAGGCCCUGGGCAGCAUGUGCAGGGACAGCGGCAUGGUGGCCGCGGCCUUGAGGGAGGAGCGCUUCGCGUGGUGGCGAGCGGUCAGCAAGGGGAAAGCAGGCAGCGCAGCCCGCAGCCUGGGAGGCGACCACACCCCGCCGCGGGAGGCCCCGCAGGCUGCCCCGGCCGGCGAGGAAGAGGGGCUGGCCAGGGGCCCGGGGGGCGCGAGGCCGCCUGGGUCUCAAGAGUCCCUCCAGGAGGACGCCCCCGGGAACAGCGUCAUUUUGCGCACUCUCGCACAAACGAGUCUCUCGAGCCGCCCCCGGGGCCGGCGGCAGCCUGCGCGGCCCACGCAGCUCGGGUUGGCCACCAUCGUGGUGAAGUACUUCUCGCAGUUCGGGUUCCUGCCCUGGACCACGAGGCGCUACGCCGGCAUCAGCAGGGACAAGCCGUUCUCGCCGCCCAACAUCCUGGGGGUGGAGAAGAAGGACAGCUACGUCCUGUGCGACCUGCUGCAGCUGCUGCUGCUCUUCUUCCACCGCUCGGCCAUGAAGAAAUCGUCAGGGGCCGACCUGGCCGAGUCGCUCUCGGAAGACAAGGUGCCCGAGGCCUUCCUGUCCAUGGUGCUGCUGCAGUUCGGCACCAUGAUCGUGGACCGGGCGCUCUACCUGCGGAAGACCUUGUUCGGGAAGUGUGUGUUCCAGGUGGUGCUGGUGGUGGGCGUCCACUUCUGGCUCUUCUUCAUCCUGCCGGGGAUCACCGAGAGGUUCCGCUUUGUCCCCUUCCUCCUGGAGCUGAGGGCCGUCAUCGGCUGGGUGUGGACCGACACCGCCCUGAGCCUGUCCAGCUGGAUCUGCCUGGAGGACAUAUACGCCAACAUCUUCAUCAUGAAAUGCUGGCAGGAGUCCGAGAAGACCCUGUUCACCAUGAGCUCCCAGGAUCAGAACUUGGCCCCCUUCUCGGACGCCGACUAUGACCAGCUGACCCAGCGGUACGCCCUCCAUCCUUCCGCCAUGCAGUUCCUCGCCGACUACAGGCCCGAGGACAUCGUUCUCAUCAAGAUCAAAAGCCACGCCAGCCUGCUGUGGGGGAUCAGCCCCGCCAACAGAGCAGCCAUGAUCAAGGAGCUGGCCAACGCCAGCGCCAUCCACAUCACCACCUCCUGGACCAUUCAGAGGUAA